UUGUGUUGUGGUAAAGUAAGAUUUUACAAUACUGCUCUGGUUCAUACACUUGCUCUUUGGAUGUCACUGUAUAAGUUGUGAGGAGCAGUGAUUAUGGGAAGAUAUAUCAGAGCAAGGAUGGGGCCAAGGCCAUGGGCUGGACAUGGAAAAUCAAUGAGCUAUGAAAGAAGAUCUAUGGGUGACAAGAAAGGCCCUGUGGGCGACAGGAAAACGCCCGUGGGCAAGCAAAAGUACCCCAAGACUUAUUUGAAGGUCGAUAAGUAGGAUUCUACGUUCUAUUGUUAUUCUUAGUCUUUAUCAUACUUCUGAUUGUCCUUGAGUAAAAGGAUGCAUCACUUGAUACUUCAGCUCAUGUACAUUGACUAACAUUAUACCGACCAGACGCGAUGUAACUCUCCUCAUUAUCCUCCUCCGUCAUCGUAUCAUACCUCCAGUACCAUACAUAAUUAUUACUGAUAUCAUUCUUAACAUGUCACCAGAUUCCUACCAGGAUCUGUGUCAGAAGAACUGUCAAUGGGAAGGAUUGAAUGAAGAAGAACAAUAUUAUUGGUUUUGUUGGUGGUGUAAGGGAAUUGAGAAGAAAGAAGUAAUGAGGGGUGGUGGGAGAUGGGUAGCUGCUGUUAGUAAGUAUUUGUGAACCUGAAAAUUUGUGGUUAUUGAUUAUACAUUCAUUACAUAAGCUGAUUUUGUGGAGUUUAGAUUGGGAGAGUGAAAGGAUUCAAAGACUUCAUGAUGGUCUUCGAGAUCAGUUGGAAGGUCGUGGCCUAGUAUUCGAAAUUGUAGAUCAAGAAGGUGUUGAUAGAUUGAAAUGGCAAGUUGGGCAGAAAAAGCAAUUUAUUAAGCUGAACAAGGCUUUGAAAGAAAAAGAAGAGUUCAUCCGAGCGGAGGAGGAUAAAAGUACGUUGCAAGCGGACUGGUACCACAAGAACGAUUGUAAGUAUAACCUCAAGAUGUUGAAGAUGAUAUGGCAAUGAACUGACGGAUAUAAUAUAGGGAGGUACGGUAGCGUACCAGAUCUUACCAUUCUCAAGCCUAAGUCUGUAGUCGGACAAGGAUAUCCAUUCAAUGACUUCCUCAGGCCUGAGGAUGAAGAUCCAUGGAGCUGGAACUUCAACUCUGAUACAGCUAGCAGACUUUCAGCCAACUCUACUUACUCCUCUUCUUCUAGCCUGACCGCUUGGUCUGACUCUUCUACGGUCACUUCGUCUACUAUGCCACUCUGGAAUACAAGUGAGGUUGAUAAAAAUUUCAAGACAAUCGAUGCAUACAAUGCAACACAGAAGUUCGACAAGGCUAUCGACUACAAAAAGGCAAUGCACAAUAAGCUAAACGAAUUGAACUUGGCAGAGAGAGAGGGCACUUUAGUCAACGACUGGAUGAUGACUGAUUCUUCGGUGGAGGUAUGUUAAGUGGUAAAAAAAAGUUUUUGGAAAAUCAAAACCAUUUGGAAUUUAUCACAUAUUAUCGUGAUUUUAUGAUAAACAGGCGUGUAUCCUAUGCUUGAAGUAUGGAUGGAGGACUUCCAAUGCAAUAUGUAAUUUAGAACAAAUCUACUAAGUAGAACGAAGGGAUAUUUAAAUAUUCAAGCAAGGAAUUCCAUACAUUUUAACGCGAUUGGCGUCACAGAGUAUUCUUUUGUGAUAUUUGAUUG